AUGUCAGACAGCAGCAGCAGCGACGACCUACCCCUGUCACGGUUGAACCACCAAACUGUUGUGAGGAAUCGAGCUGAAGACGUGGUGCAGAUUUCGGACAAGGGGAAGGGAACAAGAAAGAAGAUGCGUAGAGCGUCUUGCCACGACUCCGGUUCUGACGGGGAGAUAUCUGCGAUGAAACGCAAGAAAAUGAAGAGCGCCGAGCAGGGGAUUGCCGCCUUCGAAUGGUGGAAUUCACCGGAUCCGCCGGAAGGUAAGGCCUGGCAGACACUAGAGCACUGUGGCAUGACCUUUGAACCGCAGUACAAACCACACGGUAUUGCAAUGGUCUACGAUGGCGUGCCAAUCUCGCUAACGCCAUACCAAGAAGAACUCGCAACUUUUUAUGCAGCAAUGCCUGAAGACGGACCGCAGCUAAACGUGUCGGGCGGGCAACGAGAGAUAUUUCAGAGGAACUUCUGGGACGACUGGCACAAAGUACUCGGCAAAAGCCACGCGAUCAAGUCCUUUGAUAAAUGCGACUUCUCCGACAUUAGCAAACACCUUGAUCGUCUUAAAUUUGUCAAACGAGCGGCAUCUGAUGCUGAAAAAGUUGUGGCGCGAGAGCUGCGAGAUGAUUGCCAGCUGCGGAGCGGCUAUGCGAUCCUGGAUGAUCAUCUAGAGAAAGUUGGGAAUUUUCGCAUGGAACCACCAUCGCUAUUCCGGGGUCGUGGUAAGCACCCGAAAACAGGCGUCGUUAAGUUGCGCGUGGAACCGGAUCAAGUAUCAAUUAACUGCGGUGCAUCUCGACCGCCGCCUAUUUGCCUUGAGCUGGGCCGAAGUUGGGGUGAGAUUAAGCAUGAUGACACGGUGACUUGGCUUUCAACCUGGCAUGAAAACGUGAUGCAGAGCAAUAAAUAUGUCAUGCUCGCAGCGAAUUCCUCGCUCAAGGGAAAGUCUGACUUUAAAAAAUUCCAAAAAGCGAUGCAGUUAAAAGGCUGCAUUGAACGCGUGCGCCAUGGCUACCACAAGAAUCUCAAGUCUAAAGACCGCCACCUUAAGCAGCAGGCCACAACUAUGUGGCUGAUUGACACUCUUGCUCUCCGUGUUGGCGGUGAAAAGUCUGAAGAAGAGGCAGACACCGUUGGCUGCUGCAGCCUUCGCGUCGAACACUUCACAUUUCAUAAAACGGGGAAAGAUGUCGACCUUGAAUUCCUAGGCAAGGACUCGAUUCUAUUCAAACAGUCAAUCGAUUUUGCUGGUUUCGAUGAACAUGGCCAACAGGCCUAUGAUAACAUUCGAGAAAUGUGCCGGUCCAAAAAAAAGAACGAGCAGGUCUUCGAGCUUAUCGAGCCGACUUCACUCAACGCGCAUCUCUCAUCAAUCAUGCCAGGACUCACCGCCAAGGUUUUCCGUACAUAUAACGCGUCGGAAACCCUCCAAAACCAAUUACCAGAUGCCGAGCAUGUUCUCGAAAUGAGAUCCAUUGGCGACAAGCUCAUUGCGUACAAUGAAGCAAAUCGUAUCGUUGCAAUUCUCUGCAAUCACCAGCGCACCGUCUCGGCUGCUGCAGCUACGGGCCUUGAAGCACAAGCUGAAAAGCUGGAGCAGUUAAAGGAUCAGCGGCGCGAGCUGCAGAACAUGCGCACAACAUUGAAGGCUGGCAAAGACAAUGCUGAAGCUCACCGGUUUGCCAAGCUCCCCGAUGAGAAGGAUGUCUCCAAGCGCAUUGAUAUCUGGACCGAGAAAAUUAAAAAGCUUGAAAUUGACCUCCGCAACAAGGAAGAGAACAAAGAAGUCUCUCUUGGCACUUCCAAAGCCAACUACCUAGACCCCCGCAUCUCGGUCGCCUGGUGCAAACGUUGCGACGUCCCCAUUGAAAAACUCUUUUCCAAGACCCUGAAACAGAAGUUUGCCUGGGCUCUCACCGUGGGAUCAAGCUGGCGUUUUGAAGCGAUGCCAAUCACGGAUUCUUGAUAACAUAGGCGUGUUCCUGAAAUUAGAGGCCUGUAUCUAACCAAGUCGCACGUCAACAUGUCAGCGAUUCCGAGCCCCGAAUGCUCCUAGCUCGGGUUCCAACGCGAUUGAGUCAAUAGCUGGCGCGAACUUCACAAUGAUUUCCGAGGUUGGAUUUUCUUGCAGCUUUUGUUUGCACAUUGGCCCAGGGGUCUCUCGUGAGACGGGUCAAACACGCCGACUCGCCUGCUUAACAUAUCCCGCCGGCGGGAUAUGUUAAACGCCGCUUCGACUUAGGCUCCACCUUCAACCCCUGCACUUAAACAGGGACCUCAAUACCGCCGCUUGUCCUUCAAAGGGGACCUCAGCACCGCGAGGCGCCGCCCACGCCUCGGGCCUGGGACACCCAACGAAGCUGAGUUCGCGACUUGUCCCCCUCCUUAGUCGCCCUUAAGAGCCCCGGGCCUGGCGCC